CAGAGAUGACACUCAGGGUCUGUCUCUGUGUGACCCUGCUGCUCAGCACAGCUACAGGCUUGCCGCGUCUCAACUCCCGGAGCUCUAUAGUUGGGGGAGAGGAUGCAGCCCGUGGAAGUUGGCCCUGGAUGGUGUACCUUAGGACCGUUGAAGGAAUGUAUCCGUCUUCCUGUGGUGGUUCCCUUAUCAACGCUCGAUGGGUUCUGACUGCAGCCCACUGCUUGGAGAACGUGCAUAUGAGACCAGUGGUGGUGGGCCGACUGAAUCUUCGAGACCCCAUUCUCCGGCAGUACGCCGUGCUCCUUUACCUGAUCCAUCCCGAUUACCAUGAGGUUGAGGGCACACCGCACAAUGACAUCGCCCUGGUGCAGCUGAAGAAGUCGGUGUUCACCUCCAAAUAUGUGAUGCCCGUGGCACUGCCCACCCCUCUGGACGUCUUCAACACCAGCUCUGAGUGCUGGGUCACUGGAUGGGGUGACUUGGAUGAGGGCUCUUCAUUAGGAGGUGAGGAGACCCUGCAGCAGGUGAAGCUCCCCCUAGUGGAUGAUGACACCUGCAGGAAGAAGUUUCCUGAUACCACUGACAAGCAGUUCUGUGCCGGAUAUAUGGAGGGGGGCAAGGACUCAUGCCAGGGCGAUUCUGGCGGGCCCCUAGUUUGUAAGUCAGGGUCAAAGUUUGUCCAGGUCGGAGUGGUGAGUUAUGGACAUGGCUGUGCCCAGCGUGGCUACCCUGGGGUGUACACACGUGUGAUCAGUUACACCGAGUUCAUCCAAAAUGCCAUCGGCAAAUACAACUGAACCACAGCACCCUCUAGUGGUCACUCAGGGAGGAGAACUACACCUCCACCUGAUAUUUCUCUAUCCCUUACUCCUGUUUCUCUUCUGCCUCUCCCCUUUUCUGUCUGAUCAAUAAAAUCUU